UGUCAUUGUCUCAUAUAGUGGAUUAUGGCGUGGUGGCGUUAUCAAAGUGCUAAGAAAUUCAUGUAGACACGUGGUUUUCUAUUUUCACUUUUUCCUGGUUUAAUUACCUCAAUUUUUUUUAAUAACUAUAUGCAACAUUCAGUUUUGCACAUAAUUUACCGAGUUGUUUUAUGUGUAUCUCAAAUUUUGACUAAAACAUUCAGUGAAUCUAGUUAUAGACGAGAAAAUUUGUCAUUUCAAUCGACAUAACCCAUUUGUCAAUUAUAGUAGGCUACGCAUUAGUGAAAAAACAGUAUUCCUGUGAAGUUCAUAGCGUUCAUAGCUCUUCUCUCAAAAGAAAAUGUCGGAAAAAUUGGAGAAAUGCAGUUUGAUAUUACAAGAUGGGACCGUUCUUCACGGCGAAAGCAUUGGUCAUCGUGGUGAUGUGGACGGAGAAGUGGUUUUUACCACAGCCAUGGUGGCUUAUCCGGAACAGAUGUCGGACCCCUCUUUUGAAGGGCAGAUUCUCGUAUUCACGUACCCCCUCAUUGGCAAUUAUGGUGUCCCGAGUGAAACUGAGCUUGACGAAUAUGGACUCCCUAAACACUUCGAGUCUGAUUUCCAUUGUGCCGGUAUCGUGGUGGCGGAGUAUUGCAAAGCCCCAUCUCACUGGCAAAUGGCCAAAACCUUGGACGCUUGGAUGCAAGAAAAAAAAAUUCCGGGUAUAAGUGGAGUGGAUACUCGCCUGCUUACCAAAAAAAUCCGCGAAACUGGCGUUCUUUUAGGCCGUAUUGUACAGGGAAAAGUCGAUGGAGGAACACAUGGCAAAUCCUUUUCUGAUCCUAAUGUUACGAAUUUGGUGGAGAUGGUGUCAGUUAAAUCCGUUAAAACUUACAACGAACAUGGAAGCCCUCGUAUUUGUGCUAUAGAUUGCGGUUUGAAGUAUAAUCAAAUUCGAUGUUUGUGCAAACGAGGAGCACGUGUGGAUUUAAUUCCUUGGAAUCAUCCUAUAAAUCCCGACGAAUUUGAUGGACUAUUUCUGAGUAAUGGACCAGGUGAUCCAUCUGUAUGCAAGGACACCAUUGCCAAUAUUCGUUCCUACCUCAACAGUGGAAAAACCAAGCCUACUUUCGGUAUCUGUCUAGGACACCAAUUGCUGAGUUCAGCAAUAGGGUGUAAAACAAUGAAGAUGAAAUAUGGAAAUCGAGGAGUAAACAUUCCAUGUCUCCAUCAUGACACGGGCAAAUGCUUCAUGACUUCCCAAAAUCACGGAUAUGCUGUCGACCCUAUUACAUUGCCAUCAGAUUGGGAAGUUCUUUUCACAAAUAUUAACGAUCAUUCUAAUGAAGGUAUUGUUCAUAAGAAUCUGCCAUACUUCAGUACUCAAUUUCAUCCGGAGCAUUAUGGUGGUCCUGAAGAUUUGGAGAUUUUAUUCGACGUUUUUAUUGACUUGAUCAAAUCAAAAAAUAAAACAGCCAAACAAUGUUUAAUUGAUAAAAUGGCCUCUCCAAUACCACCAAAACUAGAUCGCCCGACAAAAGUAUUAAUCCUAGGAUCUGGGGGCUUAUCAAUUGGGCAAGCUGGUGAAUUUGAUUACUCUGGAUCUCAAGCCAUAAAAGCUCUUCGCGAAGAAAAAAUCCAAACAAUCCUUAUAAAUCCAAACAUUGCGACUGUACAAACAUCUAAAGGGAUGGCCGAUAAAGUGUAUUUCUUACCACUAACGGUGGGCUACGUUGAACAAGUAAUUAAAGCUGAGAGACCAUCUGGUAUUCUUCUGACUUUUGGUGGACAAACAGGACUUAAUUGUGGCGUAGAGUUAGAAAAACUUGGAAUUUUUAAGAAGUACAAUGUGAAAAUACUUGGAACACCAAUUUCAUCUAUAGUUCUGACGGAAGAUCGAAAACUAUUUGCUGACCAAAUGGAUAUGAUUGGUGAGAAAGUUGCACCAUCAGAAAUUGUAUAUAGUGUGGAAGAGUGUCUUGAGGCUGCGAAGCGUUUGGGAUAUCCUGUAAUGAUUCGAGCUGCCUUUGCACUAGGUGGUUUGGGAUCGGGAUUUGCCAAUACUGAAGAAGAACUAAGAAAUUUAGCUAAUCAAGCUCUUGCUCACUCAAGUCAGUUGAUCAUCGAUAAGUCAUUGCGUGGAUGGAAGGAAGUUGAGUAUGAGGUUGUACGAGAUGCUUAUGAUAAUUGUAUAACAGUGUGCAACAUGGAAAAUGUGGAUCCUUUGGGUAUUCACACAGGUGAGAGUAUUGUUGUUGCACCAUGUCAAACUUUGAACAAUCAUGAGUGGAAUAUGUUGAGAACCUGUGCUGUUAAAGCCAUUCGUCAUUUGGGUGUUGUGGGCGAGUGUAAUAUUCAAUAUGCUCUUAAUCCCAAUAAUGAUGAAUAUUAUAUCAUCGAAGUCAAUGCCAGAUUGUCAAGAAGUUCUGCACUAGCCAGUAAAGCCACAGGAUAUCCCUUGGCAUACAUUGCGGCCAAAUUGGGACUUGGAAUACCUCUACCAGAAUUGAAAAAUUCUGUUACAGGUGUAACGACAGCAUGUUUCGAGCCAAGCUUGGAUUAUAUAGUGGUAAAAGCUCCUAGAUGGGAUUUGGCAAAAUUUGCCAGGGUAAGCAAAAAAAUAGGAAGUAGUAUGAAAAGUGUUGGUGAAGUGAUGGCAAUUGGGCGAAAUUUUGAAGAAGCCUUUCAGAAAGCCCUAAGAAUGGUCGAUGACUCUGUACCGGGUUUUGAUCCUUACUUGAAGCCUGUGAACGAUGAAGAAUUAAUGCAACCAACCGAUAAAAGAAUGUAUGUUCUUUCAGCGGCUCUGAAAGAAGGAUAUAGUGUGGAAAAAUUGUAUGAAUUGACAAGAAUUGAUCCAUUUUUCUUAUCAAAAAUGAAAAAUAUUAUUGAUUACACCACAUUCCUCGAAUCACUUACCAGUAACAGUUUGAAGCCUGACAUACUUAUUGGUGCAAAACGUAUUGGAUUUUCCGAUAAACAAAUAGCCAAAUCGAUCAAAAGUACAGAAUUAGCAGUAAGGAAGUUGAGAGAGGAAAUGAAAGUGCAUCCAAUUGUCAAACAAAUAGAUACAGUGGGUGGAGAAUGGCCAGCUGCAACAAACUACCUCUAUAUGACAUUCAAUGGAAUUGAAAACGACAUCGAUUUUCCCGGAGGAUAUACAAUUGUUGUAGGAUCUGGUGUUUAUCGUAUUGGGAGUUCUGUGGAAUUCGAUUGGUGUGCAGUAAAUUGCUUAAUGGAAUUGAGAAAAAUGGGCAUUAAAACAGUUAUGAUUAACUAUAAUCCCGAAACUGUGAGCACAGACUAUGACAUGUGUGAUCGUCUAUACUUUGAAGAAAUUUCAUUUGAAGCUGUAAUGAAUAUUUAUAAAUUGGAAAAUCCUGAUGGUAUAAUUCUUUGUGUGGGUGGUCAAUUGCCCAAUAAUAUUGCAAUGGACUUGCAUUUGGCACAUGCUAAAGUAUUGGGUACAGCACCUGAAGCAGUUGAUAGAGCUGAAAAUCGUUUCAAAUUCUCACGCAUGCUCGAUACAAAGGGAAUUUUGCAACCACGCUGGAAGGAAUUGACUAAUCAUGAAGCUGCAUUUGCAUUCUGUGAAGAAGUUGGGUAUCCUUGCCUUGUCAGGCCAUCAUACGUAUUGUCUGGGGCUGCUAUGAAUGUUGCCUAUUCUAAUAAUGAUUUAGAAGCAUACCUUAAUGCCGCUUCUGAGGUGAGCAAAGAUCAUCCAGUUGUGAUUUCUAAGUUUAUAAUGGAGGCGAAAGAAAUUGAUGUUGAUGCUGUAGCAUGUGAUGGAGAAAUACUUUGUCUAGCUGUAUCUGAACAUGUUGAGAAUGCUGGUGUACAUUCUGGUGAUGCCACUCUUGUAACACCACCACAGGAUAUUAAUGAUGAGACUCUAGCUAAGAUAAAAGAAAUUGCUAAAGAUGUUGCAUCUCUUUUGGAUGUAUCUGGACCUAUGAAUAUGCAACUUAUUGCAAAGGAUAAUGAACUCAAAGUGAUUGAAUGCAAUGUUCGUGUCUCACGUUCAUUUCCUUUUGUUUCGAAGACGCUUAAUCACAACUUUAUUGCUACUGCAACGAGGGUCAUCAUGGGAAUUCCCGUAGAGCCUGUGGACGUUUUAAAAGGAUGCGGAAAAGUGGGUGUUAAAGUACCACAAUUUAGUUUUUCACGCUUAUCGGGUGCUGAUGUAAUGUUGGGUGUAGAAAUGGCCUCAACUGGUGAAGUUGGAUGUUUCGGUGACAAUCGUUACGAAGCGUAUCUCAAAGGAAUGUUGUCAACAGGUUUUCAGAUUCCAAAGAAAGCAAUCCUCCUCAGUAUUGGUAGUUACAAACACAAAAUGGAACUUAUUUCAUCGGUUCGCACUCUUUCAAAAAUGGGCUACAAGUUGUUUGGUUCAAUGGGCACUGCCGAUUUCUAUGCCGAACAAGGAGUAAAAAUUGAACCAGUGCAAUGGACUUUUGACUCCAUUAAUUCAGUUUCUGAGGAAAAGGCUGGUGAAUUGAAAGAUCUAUCACAGUUCUUGGCUAGUGGACAAUUCGACUUGGUGAUUAAUCUACCAAUGAGCGGUGGCGGAGCACGACGUGUUUCAUCAUUUAUGACACAGGGAUAUAGAACUCGUCGCUUAGCUGUUGAUAACUCUAUACCCUUGAUUACUGAUGUUAAAUGCACGAAAAUGUUGGUAGAAGCAAUGAGACAAAUUGGUGGCGCACCUCGUCUUAAAACUCAUACUGAUUGCAUGAUGUCUCUCAACAUGAUAAAAUUACCUGGAUUUAUUGACGUACAUACACAUGUGCGAGAACCAGGUAAUACACACAAAGAAGAUUAUAGCACAUGCACAGCCGCUGCCCUUGCCGGAGGAGUAACAAUGAUACUGGCUAUGCCAAACACAAAUCCUUCUGUGACAGAUAGAAAAACUUUUGAAAUUGUGAAAGAAAUUGCAAAAGCCGGUUCAAGAUGUGAUUAUGCAGUGUAUGUAGGAGCUUCAUCCGAUAAUUUCAACACAAUCCACGAAUGUGCUAGCGAGGCUGCGGCUUUGAAGAUGUACCUCAAUGAGACCUUUUCAACACUCAGAUUGAAUGAUAUGUCUGUGUGGCAAAAACAUAUUGCUGCUUGGCCAAAAGGAGCCCCUUUGGCGGUACAUGCAGAAAAAGCAGCAAUUGGUACCAUGAUUCUUCUCUCUGGUAUCGCUGAUCGUCCCAUUCAUAUAUGCCAUGUUGCGAGAAAGGAGGAAAUUCAACUUAUUCGUGCUGCUAAAGAAAGAGGGUUUAAAGUUACAUGCGAAGUAUGUCCUCAUCAUUUAUUCCUCAGCACUGAGGAUAUACCACGGAUUGGUGCAAAAUUAGCUGAAGUCAGACCAGUCUUAUGCAGUUUGGAAGAUCAAAAGGCACUAUGGGACAAUCUCGAUGUUAUUGACAUAUUUGCUACAGAUCAUGCUCCACACACUUAUGAAGAGAAGAUGAAGUCAGAAAAAGGAUUACCGGGAUUCCCUGUCCUGGAAACAAUUCUUCCUCUUUUACUAAAUGCAGUUUCUGAGGGGCGUUUGACCAUCGAAGAUAUUGUCAAUCGUUUCCAUCGUAAUCCUAAAAAGAUUUUUAAUCUACCUGAUCAGCCUAAUACGUAUGUGGAAGUAGAUAUAGAUGAAGAAUGGGAAAUUCCGAAAAUAACACGCUAUUGCAAGUCCCAAUGGACUCCGUUUAGUGGAAUGAAAAUCCGUGGGAAAGUGCAUCGUGUUGUAUUGCGCGGAGAAGUGGCUUAUGUAGAUGGUGAAGUACUUUCACCGCCAGGAUAUGGCGAAAAUGUUCGUACAUGGACAAUUAAACCUCAGCUCGAAAUGCAGCUUCCCUAUAAAUGUCAAACUGAUGUUUGGGAUACAACUGAUGUUCAGACCAAUGAUAUAUUCUCAAAAUUGUUGGCUGAACCAAGAUAUGAUCAUGCUCUAUCACCGAUUCAGAGAACUCGAUUAGACUCUACUGGAGCCUACCAUCAAGGCAUGCAUCAUCAGAUCACUCAUGGCCUUGUGGGAAAGCAUAUCUUAGCUUCCAGUAUGUUUACGAAGGAACAACUUAAUGACGUCUUUAAUUUGGCACAGAUCUUGAAAGGAAAGGUUUGCAAAGAACGUCCAAUUGACGAUAUUCUGAGAGGGAAAGUAAUGGCCAGCAUUUUCUAUGAGGCUAGUACAAGAACCCAGUCCAGCUUUACCACCGCCAUGUUAAGAUUGGGAGGUCAUGUAGUUGCUAUUGAUGCAGCAAGUUCGUCAGUAAAAAAGGGUGAAACCCUCGAAGAUAGUAUUACCAUAAUGGCAGGUUAUUGUGAUGUAAUUGUAUUACGUCACCCUGAACCAGGCGCUGCAGCUCGGGCUGGUCGUGUAUGCAGAAAGCCUAUUAUAAAUGCAGGCGAUGGAAUUGGAGAACAUCCAUCACAGGCGCUUCUAGAUAUAUUCACUAUUCGCGAAGAAAUUGGAACUGUGAAUGGUUUAACCAUAACUAUGGUGGGUGAUUUAAAAAAUGGUCGAACUGUGCAUUCGCUAGCGCGUGUCCUUACACUAUAUAAUGUACAAUUGCGGUACGUGAGUCCACCGAAUUUAGCGAUGCCACAAGAAAUUAUGGAUUAUUUAACAUCUAAAGGCAUUUCUCAGAAGACUUAUUCGUCUCUUAAUGAUGUUCUUCCUGACACUGAUGUUCUAUAUAUGACAAGGAUCCAGAAAGAAAGAUUUACAUCAGAGGAAGAAUAUGAAAAGGCGUGCGGUCAUUUCAUAGUGACUCCUCAAGUUAUGACAGCUGCCAAGAGAAGAAUGAUUGUAAUGCACCCUCUUCCUAGAAUAUUUGAGAUCAGUGAGGAAUUUGAUAGUGAUCCACGAGCAGCUUAUUUCCGUCAGGCGGAAAAUGGGCUUUACGUUCGAAUGGCUCUCCUUGCUAUGGUUCUUGGACGCUACUAAUCAAACUGCACUUAUUCCCAUUGAAAUUUUUCUAACAAAAUCCUAGUGUAUUGCGUAUAAAUUUUCAAUAUACAUAUAUAUAUA